AUGUCGGGCAGAUACCGUGCGCGUCCGAGCGACUCGAGCUCGUCGCCGCCUGUGCACCAGCCAGAUACACUACUGUCUAGCCCCCCUUCGAGUCCUACGUAUGGCCGUACCUUUUCCAGCAUAUCGCAUUUGUCUGCGGAUCCAUUUUCCGGCUCGGCCAAGACGCUAUCGAGCGGGACGCUGCCGCAAUUCGUGCCGUCCUCGCGCAGACUCGGGCGCGCACACACGAUGCCGGAUGGUUCCAUGGGCGAUCGCGGCGCUGGCAUUGAAUCGCUGACGCUCGUGCCUGUUGGAGAAACAAGCAGCGAUCUGACUCGCGGUACAGACGUGCUCGGUCAGUUUUUUAGUUCCUCAUCCGAGGACGAUCUGAGCCUCAGCUCCGACGAUGCGCCGAGAUCGAUGGAGCACACGCCGACUCUAUUACCCCGCACAGGACAUACACGCUCUUUUUCGCGCACCGAGUCGGCCGGCACGGAUCCGCUCAGUGCGCUGGGGCCACGGAGCGAAAGUACGUCAAUGCGGAGCACUCGGCGCGCGCGCCUCACAGGCACGUCGCCUAGAAAACUAACGCGCGCGGCGCACGAUACGCAGCUGCUGCCCGCCUGGGAGCAGCCGCAAUUUACGUCCAAGGCCCCAAGAAUUCCUCCGCUCGCGCAGCAGCAUGCACGGGCAGAGCAGUGGCAAAGGAUCGUGAACAAUGUGUUUGAUCAAGGCAAGGCAGCACCGGCGCUCUCGCUGGGCGGCUGUCAUAUGGGGCAUAUUCCCUCGCUGAUCGGCGACCUGAACAACUAUGUUGUUAUCGCUCCGCGGCGCACAGAGAGCAAGGCACACAAUCCAGCGCGCGAGUCGUCGGCCUCGGUGCUCGAGGCCUACUUUUGGGACAAUGCACUGACGCGCCUGCCGAGUGCUCUGUUUCAGCUGUCGAAUCUAAGCGUACUAUCCUUGCGCAAGAACAACCUGACGUGCCUGCCGCCCGCAAUUGGCGAGCUGCGCGGGCUGCGCGAGCUGAAUAUCGGGGGCAAUACUCUGCGCUAUCUUCCCGCAGAGAUCCAGCGGCUCGCCUUGGAUACAUUUACCUACGUCCCGAACCCAUUCUGUCCGGUGCCGCCCAAUGCAAGACUCACACAGCGCGCACGCAACGGGCGCGCAGGAGCACGGACGGAGAUGUCGGCGCCUGCUGCACCUCGAGCGAGGCUCGUGCGUGCACAUUCGGAGCGCUCGCCGCGCGGGCGUGCGGAUGAGUCGAGCGUGCCGGCGAUGGUGCGUGUGUUGGGGCCGUUGGAGCGAUGCGCGUUUCCAAGUCUGCUGCACCUGUGCAUUCAGCGACUGGUCAGCGCGGACCCCGACGGGGGAAUGUGCGGAGUGUUGCUGGACAGGUACGAAACGGGGUGCCUGCGCGCCUUGCGGCAUACGCUUGAUGUGCGCUUGAUUGUAAUGCUGGAAGCGGCGCGGCGAAGUGUGGACAAGAGCUGGGGUACGCCGACAAAUGCACCGCAGUCCGAUACAUUGUCGCGGCAGCUUUGGUACGAAGAUUGCACAGCGUCGCACACGUCUGUGAGCGAGGCGCCGGGCAUUGAUCCGCUGCUGGAGCAUGCGGACGAUGCGGCGGAAAAUAUAUACUUUAAUCGGUGCCCCGACCCCCAGGAAAAGGUGCCGCCGGGCAAUACGUCUGACUGGCCUUUGUCGGAUGCUGCGACGAUGGAUGCGCCGCUGUUUGUCGCACCUGCAGAGCAACGCAUGGAAUGGGUAUCGCACGUUGCAGGUAUCCGCGUUGCGAAGCAGGGAGUUGAGCUACUGACGUCGGUGCCGGAUGCGUACGCUGCGAAAAACAGUGGGUGCCUGCCGCUCCUGUGGCGAGGCAGCAGCGCCGGAAGCCUUGCGUUUUUGGAGCGGUAG